GGGAUGCGUCUGCGCGUGGAGUCUUGAGAUGCAUCCGCCUGUCCUAAAGCAGGUGCUGGAGACCUCAGUCCUGGGUGGGGGCAGGUAAUCUCCAGACUCACUCCGGGACUGGAGGAGAUCCGGUGCCCCUCUGCCGAGAGGGACAAUCCCAGACUGUCUUACUGGACACGAGCUGCAGCCACGCCACCUUGCCGACUCUUCCAGAAGUAGCUUAGCUUGCUGCCUCUUGAAGCUGCUUACUGAGGAUUCACUGAAUUUGUGCAGUUAUCGUCCAUUCGUGGAACAGUUGACAAGGUAGCCUUCAUGGCUGUACCACAUGAUGCACAGGAAACUUCCUAUCUGCUCCCUCCAGACCCUGAGGACUGGGAGGAACAAGGCAUCCCGGACUUUGUCUAUGGACAGAAGGACCUCAUCGGGAAGGGAAUUCAGUGGCCGAGGAAUGCAGGCAGCACCCCAGACACACUGCCACGGUCCCGCUUCGAUUCUGCCCUCUGCUCUGCGUGGAGGCAGCGAGUGGAACUGGACCUGUUUCGAUAUCGCCUAGAAGAUCUGCAGACCCAAAUCCUCCCUGGCUCCGUGGGGUUUGUAGCUCAGCUGAAUAUAGAGCGAGGAGUACAAAGGAGGCCCCCCCAGAAUAUCAAAAGUGUGAGGCAGGAGUUUGACCCAGAACAGUUUAACUUCACAAAAAUCCGACCAGGAGAAGUCCUUUUCCGUUUGCAACGGGAGCCCAAUGGCCCAGCUGCCUCAAAGCAAGAGGACGUCCUUGUGGUGAUCAAUGUCAGCCCUCUGGAAUGGGGCCAUGUGCUGCUGGUGCCAGAGCCUGCUCGUGGGCUCCCGCAACGUCUGCUGCCUGGGGUGCUGCGGGCUGGGCUUGAAGCUGUACUUCUGAGCUUACACCCAGGCUUCCGGGUAGGCUUCAACAGCCUGGGAGGUUUGGCCUCUGUGAACCAUCUCCAUCUGCAUGGCUACUACUUGGCCCACCCACUCCCUGUGGAGGUCGCCCCAAGCACACCUCUAGACCCCAAAGGCUGUAUGCAUCUGCUGCAGGCCCUUCCAGCUCCUGGUUUCCUCUUUUACACGAGUGGGCCAGGGCCUGACCUGGAAGCCUUGAUUAGCAGGGUAUGCCGGGCCACUGACUAUCUGAGUGACCAUGAGAUUGCACAUAACUUAUUUGUGACCCGGGGAGCUCCACCCGGGCAGGCAUCAUCUUCCUCGGGCCUCACUGGGAUCCGAGUCAUUUUGUGGGCCAGGAAGUCCAGCUUUGGAGUAAAGGAAAGUGGGGCUUUCAAUGUUGCGCUCUGUGAGCUGGCUGGCCACCUACCCGUUAAAACAUCCCAGGACUUCGGCAGCUUGACAGAGGCAGCUGCGGUGGCCCUCAUUCAGGACUGUCUGCUGCCCCAAACUCAGGCAGAUGAGGUGCAGGCAGCACUGGUGGCUCUGAUGGCCCAGGAAGGGCUAUGAUUCUUCAGGUUUUACUGAUUCAAGGCCCUUUCCAAAAGCUGUUAAUCACUGGCAAUUCUUUUCAUGACUGCCUCCUACCACUCAGAUUAAGGAGUAUAAAGAAGGCACUGAAUGAAUGUAUUCUUGUGAACGUU